AUGAGCUCCAAAUCUCGAAGGCGCUCCCGUGCCGUCACGGACGAGAACCGCGCCGAUUGUCCCUUUACCAUCACCAUGGUCACUGCUCCCAGCGCCGAGGAUCGCGACCACAUAGCCAAGAAGAGGAAGCGCGACGCCCACGAAGACGGCCCGGCUCCCAACAACCACAAAAGGGAGCUGGUCCAGAUGUCACCCUUUGAGCCCCGGGGCAAGUUCAGGUCCAACCAGUCCAUGAAUCUCGCCUACACCGUCGAGCCACGGAAGCGCUGGCAGGACAUGACACGAUAUAAUAGCUUCGUCUUGAAUGGCUACAAGUACUGCAACGACGAUUUCAUCUACGUCGCAAACGAGGCCACCAUUGAGCGCCAAAAAUCGACGGGCAAAAACGCGGACGCGGGAAACUUGCUGCAGUCAAACGACUACUGGGUUGCCCGGAUUCUCGAGGUCCGGGCCGCUGAUGAACAUCACGUAUACGCGCGCAUCUACUGGAUGUACUCUCCCGACGAGCUGCCGCCCGGAACCCAGGACGGCAAGAAGACCAUCAGCGGCCGCCAGCCUUAUCACGGCCAGAACGAACUGAUCGCGUCGAAUCACAUGGACGUCAUCAACGUUGUCAGUGUGGCGAUGAAGGCCACGGUUCAUCAGUGGAUCGAGUCGGAUGACGAGGAGGUGCAGGAUGCGCUGUACUGGCGGCAGGCGUUCAAUUGCCGGACGUCGCAGGUAUCUUCGGUCGAUUUGACUUGCAAAUGCCAGACCCCGGCGAACCCAGACAAGACCUUGAUCGGCUGCACCAACGCAGAUUGCGGCCAAUGGCUUCACUACGAGUGCCUGCUACACGACAGUCUACUGCGCAUCUACGAGCGUCUGGGGACCGACAAGCCGCACAUUUCCGACAAGGCGGAAAAAAAACUGGUCAAGACGGAGAGGGAGAUGGACGAGGACGUACGUGGUCCGCUGACGCCGACGGAGAGCAAGAUGGAGCGCACGCCGCCGGCCAUCGACGUCAAGGGACCGAGCGAGAACGGAAAUCAUGCAGCUGGCGGCCGAACCAGCGAGAGCACGCCAAAGGGCCCGACACAAACGCCCACCCCCGGGCCGCCCAACUCGGUCGGCCCCAGGAGCGCAAAGUCGGCGUCUGCGAAGAAGGGGCGGGGAAAGAAGGCAAUCCAGGACAAGCCAUACGAGGGGCUGUUUGAGGCGAGCUUAAAGAUGAACGACGGGCCAAUGGUUUGGGUAAUAAGUGAUCUGAGAGCCAACGCUGGAGGCGGGGACCGAACGUGGACGGAGCGUGCACAGUGUCUGGUUUGCCGCAGGAUGAUUGACUGA